ACCACCAGUCAUGUCCAUGUUCUCACUGUGCCUGCUGUACACUUUGGCAACAGUGGCCUGGCCAGCACUGGCAGCCCCCAUGGGUGGUCCAGAGCCAGCACAGUAUGAGGAGCUCACACUGCUCUUCCAUGGGGUCCUGCAACUGGGCCAGGCCUUCAAUGGCGUGUACAGGGCCACAGAGACACGGCUAACAGAAGCUGGACACAGCCUGAGCCGCUAUGACCAAGCGCUGGGACUCUUGGGACAGGAGGUCAGCCAGGGCCGGGAUGCGGCACAGGAGCUACGUACGAGCCUGUUGGAGAUGCAGGUGGAAGAAGACGUUCUAAAGCUUCAGGCAGAGGCCACAGCUGAAGCACUGGAAGAGGUGGCCCAGGGACAGCAGGCGCUACUGGAGAGCAUGCAGCAGCUGGAAGUUCAGCUGAGGGGCAAGUGGCUUGGCCACGCCCAACAAGAAUUUGAGGUCUUAAAGGCCCACGCUGAUAAGCAGAGCCACAUUGUGUGGGCCCUCACAGGCCUUGUGCAGCGACAGAGACAGGAGAUGGCAGCACAGCAGCACCGGCUGCGACAGAUCCAGGAGAGACUCCACACUGCGGCACAUCCAGCCUGAGCCUGCCGGGGAGAAACUGAGGACCAGUCAUGCCCCAACGGGAGUUUCCAAGCCCUACGUAGCGCCAGCA